UACUCCUACCAUGUCUUCCAAUCUUCCAUCGGAACACCACUUUUAGACUCUUCACUCUCCACCAAAUUUCCUCUUCAGCAUGUCCAACUCAAUUAUUAAAAGAAAAUUUAAUUUCAUUUAUUGUUAUUUUAUUAUUUGUUUUGAUAAAACAAAAAUGUUCCUAUGUAUGUGUGUGUCCACCAGAGAUCCUUACUUAGGAAUGUUUUAAGCAUACCAUCCAUUUUAGGGUUCUACCCUUUUCCCCUUGCCCUCUGUAUUCUCUUAUUUUUCAUUUAUUAUUUAUCACAAAUUUGAUUUUUCUAUUGUUGUCAACCAUUUUUAUCUUUCGUAGGAGGGUUUUUGUUUCCUUUUCUUUUCUAAUUUAAUUACGAUCAAAUUGAAACUCGAUCGCUGCUGGUGAAAUUGAUUUACAUUGAAGAUGGAUCACACCAUUUCAAGAGAAAGGGACAUUGACUUUGACCUAGAAAGUGGUGGGAACAGUACCGAAGAGGAUUCGAGCACCGAUCGUUCCACAAGUGAUGGAGAUUCAAAUGGCGGUUUUCGUUAUCCCUGGAAUAGGAUUCUAGGCUUUGAGUCGUCUUCAUGCAGCAAUUCAUCAACAAAACCUGUUAACGGUGUUGAUAAUGUUGGUGUUCUUGUUAAUGAUGAUAAUUAUAAUAAUUAUGCUCAUGUUAAUAAUCAAAACGCUAAUAAGGCGGCUACUAACCCAUCAAGAAAGCCUUCAAAGCCACCAUUGCCUCCUAAUGGUCCAUCAUUGAUUGCUGGAGAUCAGAGGUUUGUGAAGGAGCUUAGCGAGCUUGCGUUGAGGAAGAGAGCGAGGAUUAAGAGAAUGAAAGCAGUGAGGAAGAUGAAAGCAAUAAAGUCUGCAUCAUCCUCAUCUUCAUCGUAUACUGGCUUCUCUGCCUUGGUCAUCAGUGUUUUCUUCUUGCUUGUUUUAAUAUUCCACGGAAUCAGAUCUGUGCAUAGCAAUGUUGUUGAGUUAACAGCUUCACCUGAAACAGUGACUCCAACUGAUGAAGAUAUUAUUUCAGUUCAGUAUCCAAAGAAUUCUAUAAUCAAUGAAGUUCCAAAGGAAAGAUGAUGAGGUGGUAAUUUUGGAGAUUCUUUCCAUCCAAGCUGAGUUUUUCUCUAUCCUUAAUUAUCUAGUUUGGAUCAUGUAUGUAUUCUGUAUAGAUAUUAGGAACCUUAGGUAUUUCUCAAAGUUUCAUUGGUACUCCUCUUGAUGAUUUCGUUUUCAACUUCCCUCUACUCUUUAGAUAGCGUUGUUUAGUUCUAUUCUAUCAUAGCUGAGCUACGAUCUACCUGUAACUGUUUAAUUUCUUAGCAAGAUUUGGGAAUUGUGGCCAUGAAGAAACAAUGGCAAUGUGAAGUUGAGACGAAUGCACUUAGUGCACAAUAUAGUUGAUUCCUAA